AAAUGUAAGUCUAUACAAUAUUUCAAAACUGGUGGCAAACACAACGGAAGUAUCAGCGCAUCUUUGGGAUUGUAAACGUAUUGCAAGUCUUUUAAAUGCCAAACAUGAUGAUAAUUUAAAACAUACCUUGGGACCAUCAAAUAUUCCAACCAUAGAGCAGGCAGUAACUUGA